UAGCGCCCUCAAGCGUUAUACUAAGAUCGAGAAACAUCGGCGCCAUCUUCUAUGUUUUUCUGUAAUUUCUUGGGUUUGAAAGAGAGAAACAAGCUUGCAAAUUUGAUGGUUUGUAUCAAGAAAUUUCAAGAUCGGAUCGGUAGAAAGAGAAUUUGAGAUCAACCCUGCUCAGUUUGAACUUAGUCUUCGCUCCAGCCACUCCAUAAACAAUCCACAAUGUCUGACGACAGCGUUAAGGCUGAAAAGCCCCAGGCAACUGAGCAAGAACCCAAACCAGAAGCGCAGGUAACGGCUGAGGUGGAGACCACACAGGAACCCGAGGUCAUUGAAGACAAGCCCACCCCUCUGCCAUUACUGGGGGGCAAAGAAAACCAGCAGGCGGCAUCGUUUAAGAAACCGCUGGACGUGAAGCCUCAGCUCUCCCCUGAAAAGAUGGAGGAAGCCAAACUUAGUGCCAAAUACGGCAAGCUGAAACCUGGUGGCUCAGACUUCCUACGCAAGAGAUUAAACAAAGGCGUCAAAUAUUUUGACUCUGGGGAUUACCAGAUGGAGCAGCAGUCCGGUAAGAUGAAACUGAGACCCAACAGCGGUAAGCCGAUGGGUCUGGCCGGAGCCAGGGUAGGGGGAGCCAUGCCUGCCCCCUCCCCCCUGGGUCCUGCCACCGGAAAGACCAUCCCCACCCCUGCCUCCAUACCACACAGGAAACAGUCCACCGAGAUCAGUAAACUGGCUGUGUAAAAGUGGGCGAGGAAGGGGGAUGUAACGAGAGAGGUAGGGGCAAAACAAAAGGGGGGGGGGGCAGAACUGACACUAAACCUGCUGGGGUCUUCAUGUAUCUUAACCUGUUUCAGUUCCAUUCCGAUCUUGAAACCAGGAACUGCCCAGCUGUAUGUGGCUUUAUUGUAACAAGAUUUUUUUUAAUCUGGAGUCCAGCUGGGUGCUAAGCAUCCAUGAAUUGAACUUUAGCAUGGCUAUGUGGAAAAACUCUUAACGUGUGGAGGAAAUAUUAGUCUACAUGUACAUGUGUGUUGUAAAGAACCCUGUUGAAUGAGAAUAGUACACCUGUUAUUUGUUUGUAAAUUAACAAGGUACAACAUUGUAAUCAUAGGUCACAACUUCAACCAAUACAUUAUUGUUCAGUUUAGAGUAGUCUCAUUUUCAAAAUUACCCGGGUGUAACUUCUUUUUUUUACACUUUCCUGACUGCCACAGCUCAUUGGUUUAACAAAAGCUUGAAGUAAUUUUACAUCAAUUUUGACCGUAAGUAACCUGCUCCAGUUUAUUGCAUUAAGGUCUACAGAGAGUAACAGAACAUUCAUAGAUCCAUACAUGUACAUAUACGUUGACAGCACAGAUGACAACAAGCAUGAGAAGUGACAAAAUGGAUACAACACAACAUGCUGCCUUGCCAAAACAUGACGUCAGAAACUGAGCUGAGACGAGUAAGCUUUUUGGGGUUCUUGUGUAUCUGCCUGGCUUGAGGUAACCUUACUACGUAGGCAUCCUUGUUUGGAAGUUCCAAACAAGGAUGCCUACGUAGUAAGGUUACCUCAAGCCAGGCAGAUACACAAGAACCCCAAAAAGCUCACUCGUCUAAGCUAAGUUUCUUGGAACUUUCUUAAAUCCUUCAAAAAUUCUCCACUGUGCCAGAAUCUAGCGGAAUUGCCUUUGUAGUUAAAAUUUUGAAGUAGCGACAAAAAUCUUCCAAACCUUUAAAGGGUUUUAAAGGAUGUGAAAGUUUAAGGGUUAACAGAGGAGGUUGCUGUUGUGAAGAUGCUCUACCUUUACUACUUUCGUCCACGGGAAUUAGGUUUGUCAGUUUUGCCCCCCCCCCCCCCAUUGUCCACGUUGAUGAUGACUGCCUGUAUAAAGGAACACCCAGCCCAUACAUGUAUGUUCCAGCUUUCUGCGAGGCCUGUCAACUUUUCAAACUGUGUUCACCAAAUAUUGAUAUGAUUUGGUGAGUUUUCUAUGUCAAUGAAUCAGUGAUUUACUUAAAAUUAUUCCCCCUGUACUGAAAAACAAAACCAAAAACUCCCCUCUAUUGUUUGGCUUUGGAGAUACAUGUACAUGUUUGUAUGGUUCGGAAAAAUUUGGGUGAAUACAAAAGAGUUUACCCAAGCCACCAUCGUGUCCACCAUUUCUCAAAACGCUAGGCCUAAUUGUCAAACCUUGUCAAGAAGUGACAAAUUUCUAAUAAACUUCACAUGAAAUUUCAUAGAAUGUGUGAGGAGUAUUAACAGAUGGCAAAAAAAAAAGAACAGACAUAACCAAAUAUUGCAUGUAGUUGCUUUCCAUUCAUUCUUCCAUUGUCUUGGAAAAGUUGACCGGCCUUCAAGUUGUGUAUAUAAAUAUUUGAAUAUUUUAGUGUUACCGUAAGGACGUAAAAGUUACGUGUAAUGGACAGUAUCAAGACGAAUAGUGCAGUGAUUGAAUGGCCGCUGUGUACAUGUGUACAAAAUAACUGUUUGAUAUGCUUUGCUCUUUGUAGCUUUAUUUCCAUAGUGGAUAGAGUCUGUAUCAUUUAGAUAACUUCGUUGGUGUCUUGGUUAUGUCUACUUUCUGGAAAAUGGACAUAGUUUCUGUUAACCUCAUUCCAGUUGCUCAUCAGUAGGGGUUAAAUAUAUGUCAUUUCGCCUCGACCCCAUUUCUCUGUGGUUAUUUGUUAAUGUACUGCUGCAACAGUAUACAAAAUUACACGUAUGUAAUAUGUACGCUAAAUUAUGUAUAAGUUGUAAGUAAAGUUCUGUAAUGUCUUUGAUCUGUGGGUGUUUUUUGGGGUUAUGUUGGUGAGUUAUUAAACAUUUGAGCGAUAUUGCCUUCAUAAUCAAAACGUUAGAUGCUAGAAUUUGGGGGUUUUUUGUAAGCUAAAUUUCAGCAGCAUGCCUGCCACUAUGUAUUUUGUUUUGCAGAGGAUGCGAAUGGAAAUCUGCUGAAAUGUCUUGAAUAAAAUCUAAAAAAGGGAGAGAGAUGUACAA